AACACGUCCAGUUCACAUUAACAUUCAUAAGUUCGCAUACAUUGUCCGACACUGGCUGGAAAUGCGGACUUCUUCAAACAACACCUGAUGCCGGCGUACUUCUUCCACAUUACCUUGGAGCUUUAUCCCUCGCGCUCACCACCGGACAAAACGUUUACCCCUCCGCCGCGAACCGACAUCUUCUCGAGACUUCCGGCCCAUCGCCGAGCAUCGUGGGGCUCUCCCCCUCCGCCAUCACGCGCCUAUAAUAGCUUCACAAAGCCCAUAGCCUCUAGUAGUGAAACCGGCCAAGCUACUGCUUCUCGCGAUCGCCAAUCUACUGCCCGUCGAUUCAGCCAGCGCACGCGACCAUCGUUCUCCGACCACCACGAUAGUCCCGUACCGGUCGUCAAACCUCCGAAGAGGCCGGGACACAGACGAACACAGAGCUUUGCGCACAGAGACUGGCGUUUCGACACCAUAUCUAUACUCAGCAUCGACAUGAACCCGACCAGCACUGAGCUUGAUCGAACUCGCGCCAACCACCUCAAGCACCCCUCACACGCGCCAAACACCGGCGGUCUCGCGACAAAGGGCAAGUUCAUACCCUCGGAACCGAAGAACACAGAGGUUGGCUGGGGUGUGGUACAUCUCUACCGCGAUGGACAGGAAACACCAGGGCUGUACGACGAGGUGGAUGGAGCGAGCAAGGAAUUCAAUGAGGAAGACUGCACCACCCUGUGCAUACUAGCAGUCCCCUCAUAUAUGACACCAUCCGACUUCUUGGGCUUCAUGGGCGAGCAGACCAGAGAGGAGGUUUCCCACUUCAGACUUAUCCGGACAAGCAGAGCGAACAAGUACAUGGUGUUGAUGAAGUUUCGGGAAGCCGAGAGAGCUAGAGCGUGGAGAAAAGAAUGGGACGGCAAGGCCUUCAACAGUAUGGAGCCUGAGUAUUGUCACGUCGUGUUCGUCAAGUCGAUCAAUUUUCAGAGCGGCGACUCGAACCGCGAUCCUACCUCAUAUCCCGAUAUUACGAACGAUCCGUUUGCGCCCGCACCGACCGAACAACCUACUGCACCUCUCCCGCCAGCUGGCAACGUCUCUUCGCCAGUUGAGGGCCCACCAAUCGCUACUUCCCUCACCGCAAAACCGCACGCUCCACCUACGCCUGCUUUGGUAGAGUUACCCACCUGCCCAGUCUGCCUCGAACGCAUGGACGAAACAACAGGGCUUUUGACGAUUCUCUGCCAGCAUGUCUUUCACUGCGCUUGCCUUGAGAAGUGGCGAGGCUCAGGCUGUCCAGUCUGCCGCUACACACAAAAUGAUGCCUUUGCCUUGAACCGUGGCGCUGAUGGCGAGAGCCCGGAUAAUGAGUGUAGCGUCUGCGGAUCCACACAAAAUCUUUGGAUCUGUCUGAUCUGCGGCAACAUAGGGUGUGGUCGCUACGACUCGGCGCACGCAUUCGCACACUAUGAGGCAACGAGUCAUACCUAUGCCAUGGAUGUGGUAACGCAACACGUCUGGGAUUAUGCAGGUGAUGGCUACGUCCAUCGACUCAUACAGAACAAAGCAGACGGCAAGCUCGUCGACAUGCCAGCCUCUAACCAGUCCUUCAGUGCACCCGGCAUGACAGGCUACUCCAACGACACCGUACCACGCGAGAAGCUGGAUAACAUGGGUAUGGAGUACGCGUACCUACUUACCUCGCAACUCGAAUCUCAACGCGCAUAUUUUGAAGAACAGCUUGAGCGUGCAGUCGACAAAGCGGCAAAAGCAGCUUCCACCGCUGACGAAGCAAGCCGUUCUGUUGCUUCAUUGUCUCAGAAACUCGACAAGCUAUCCACUGAGCACGAAGAAGCAACAGCCACCAUCGCCUCUCUCACAAAGGAAUCCGCUCGCAACGCUCAGAAAGCAGCGUCAGCAUCCGACCUCGCUCGCAAACUCACCAAGCAGUACAAGGAAGAGCAGAUUGUGAACGAGUCUCUUAUGGAACGCAUCAAACACUUGGAAAAGAAGGCCGAAGAAGCGGAGAACAGAGUCAAGGAGCUUGAUGCGCAGAAAGCGGACCUUGAGGAGCAGAACCGCGAUUUGAGCUUCUUCAUCUCAGGCCAGGAGAAGUUGAAGGAGAUGCAGGCGAAUGAAGUCAUGGGGCUGCAAGAGGGUGAAGUCGAGGGCGGAACGGUGGAAGUCGCCGAGAAGAAGGGCCGAAGAAAAGGCAAGAAGAAGGCUUGAAGUUUGUCAAGCACACGAUGUAGAUGGAGUUAUGAUUUAGCGGCAUGCACUGGAUUGACGGAGUUGGUUGUGAAACUUGUCAGAUACCCCACAUAGAAUAUUCAUAGUCCUGCGUAGGGCUUUUGUAUCACAUUUACCAAUAUAUGAUAAACAAUCAUC